AUGCUUGGCUGUGGUGGCAGCGUGGCGGCGUUCGAACAUUUCAACGAACCAAAAAUGCUGCUGCUGGAUGUUUGUCCUUUUUUGAGACAUUUUGAUCACUUGCUUGGAUUUGGAAUUAAGACUACGCUGCAUGGAAACGAAGCUAUUUUGGAGUUUGUUCAAAAGCAAUUCGAUGAACACAAGAAAUCGAUUAAUUACGAUCAGGAGCCGACAAAUUAUCUGGAUGCAUAUCUUCACGAAAUACACAGGCGAGGAAAAGAAGGAAUCCAAGAAGGAUUCAUUGAGAAGCAGUGUAUUGCCGCUAUCUAUGAUCUUUAUAGUGCCGGUUUGGAGACAAUCGUAAUCACAUUACGAUUUUGUUUCCUCUUCAUCCUGAACUAUCCUCAUAUACAAAGAAAAAUUCAUCAAGAGAUUGACGAUGUCAUUGGACAAGAGCGGGAUAUUACCAUGGACGAUCAGAAAAUUCUUCCAUAUACCUGUGCUUUUCUUCAAGAAGUGUACAGAGUUGGAUAUGUUGGAUAUGUAAAUUUUCUUCGGAUAACAAUGGAGAACGUGAACUGCGAAGGCUACAAACUUCCCAAAGGAACAAGAGUUAUUCCGCAGUUCCCAAGUGUUCACAUGGAUGAGUCAAUCUAUCCGAGAGCGGAGUUGGUCGUUCCUGAAAGACAUCUUAAGGAUGGGCAAUUCAUCAAGGAUGAUCGUAUCACUGGUUUUUCUGUCGGCAAAAGAGCUUGUCUAGGAGAGAGUCUGGCUAGGAUGGAGGUGUUCAUGUUCUUCACCUCUCUGAUGCAGAAGUUCCACUUCGAACCUGAGGGAUUAUGUCCACCUGAGCCGAAGCUUCAAACGUCGACCUUGAGAACUCCACUUCCAUAUAAAAUUCGAGUUCACGAGAGAAUGUAG